UGGUCUGGUUCGGCUUUUAGUGAGCAUCACUUUCCAUUCUGCAAAAUAUCCGCUAGAGGGAGCAGAACUGCUGCUGCCUGCCCAGACAACAAGGAGGAGUCUGGGGAAAAGAAAGGAAGAAAUAAAAGUAAACUCCCUUUGCUAACCAGACUGCAAGACUUCUCUCUGGGCAGAUGUGAGAGCUACAGGACGCCUGGCUGGGAGAGGAAUAAACACAAGGCAUAGAAGAUAUAUGCGCAGAGAGGAGACCAUAGCUGCCAGAGAGGCUAGCAGGGUCUACAUCAGCCAGAAGACUUUGGGGGAAGUAUUGGCGGAGAUGAGAGGAGGUCAUUGCUUAUUGAUAAUAACUGUUGUUGGGUGAUGUGGAUCUGUCAAGUGUCCUGCAGGAAAUGUACUGACCAGCAAUCGGGUUUCCGGGUAUACCCUGCGCUGCUGGUACAAGUGAAUGUACUGAGUAUGUGAUCUGUCCCGGGACUGCAGAGACUGGCUGUCAGGAAGCACUAACCGGAUCACCUGGUGACAUCAGCCACAGUGCAGCUGCUGGGAUAUAGUAACGCGACACCAAAGUAUUGGGGUGCUGGAGGAGAAGGUGGCUGGCUGCAGGGUAAUGGCCACGCAAUGGUAACAGAGAGUCCGGCUCUGUAUGGUGCUGGUUAGUGUUCAGCAGACCCGGAGCAGGGAUGCAUCAUCUGGCUGGGCUGGUAAUGUCCUCCUCCCCCCGUGCACAGGCUCUCUCGGACAUGUAGUGACUGCGCUGCUGCUCAUUUCCAACUAUGGCUCUCAGCAAGGGGCUGAAGAUCCAUGUCAGGCAGGAUCCGGCGUGCUACGGUGUGCUGCUGGAGUCCCGCAAUAGGGAGGACUGUCUGCUCUUCCAGUCCGGUACCGUGGCCACCCUGACACCUGAUGAAAAGGAAGCAAUUAAAGGACAGUAUGAGAGACUCCAGGAAGCCUAUGGGUGCCUUGGUGAGCUUCAGCUGAAAUCAGGAAACUCCCGAUUGCACUUUCUUGUCUUGGUAAGCGGAUGCACCUCUGUGGGAAGGAUCUUAGAUACAGAAGUAUACAAAAUCACAACAACGGAAUUCUGUCCUCUCCAAGAAGAGAGCAAAGAGGAGGAGCGGGUUACAGCUCUCAGGAAGAUACUGAAUUCAGGGAUGUUUUAUUUCUCUUGGCCAAAUGCAGGAUCAAGCUUUGACCUUACUGUCCGAGCCCAAAAGCAGGCUGACCAUAGCAUUUAUGAACCUGGGAACUGGUUCUUCUGGAACAGGUUGUUGCAUGUGCCUUUGAAGCACUACCAAGUCAGCUGCUCUGACUGGCUUUUGAAGGUCAUCUGCGGUGGGGUAGAAAUCCGAACUGUGUACGCCUCACACCGGAAAGCCAAGGCUUGCCUUAUCUCACGUAUCAGUGGUGUACGAGCUGGUGCCAGGUUCCACAUCCGCGGAGUGGAUGAUGAUGGACAUGUUUCUAACUUUGUGGAAACAGAGCAGACAAUAUACGUGGAUGAUGAUGUUUCCUCCUUUGUUCAGAUCAGGGGAUCUGUCCCAUUAUUUUGGGAGCAACCAGGGCUCCAGGUUGGCUCUCAUCAUCUUAAGCUCACCAGAGGACUGGAAGCCAAUGCUCCGGCAUUUGAUAGACAUAUGAUGCUUUUGAAGGAACAGUAUGGCCAGCAAGUGAUUGUUAAUCUUCUGAGGAGCAAAGGAGGAGAAGAAGUUUUAAGUCGUGCCUUUAAGAAACUACUGUGGGCUUCUCUGCAUGCAGAAGACGUGCCAAUGAUAAACUUUGAUUACCACCAGAUUGUGAAAGGAGGGAAGAUUGAAAAGCUUGAAAACUUACUUAAACCCCAGUUAAAGCUCAACUUGGAAGAGUUUGGAGUCUUCACAAAGGGAGAAAAUUUAACAACAUGUUUACAGAAGGGAACCUUUCGGGUCAAUUGUCUGGACUGCUUACAUCGCACAAACAGUGUUCAAGCCUACAUAGCACUUGAGAUUCUGCGAACCCAACUCGAGAGCCUUGGAUUGGUUGAUAUGAAAUCUGUGGUAGAUCGUUUUGAUGAGUCUUACAGGUCCAUGUGGUCUGUAAAUGGGCAUAAUCUGAGCAUGAUAUUUACAGGAAGCAGGGCCCUGGAAGGUAAAGCUAAGGUUGGAAAACUAAAAGAUGGAGCUCGUACAGUUUCAAGAACCAUCCAGACGAACUUCUUUGAUGGUGCAAAGCAGGAGGCUAUUGAUCUGCUGCUCAUGGGGGAUUUCUACAGUGAUGAUUAUGCAGACAAAGGACGGAUGUUAACGGACGGCUCUGCUCCACUUGUGAAUCAAAGUGUUUUAAAAGCCAUGUCAGAACGCCAGUUUGAGUUUACAAAUUUUAAAAGAACUCGUGUUGCCGUGGGAACCUGGAAUGUAAAUGGAGGAAAACAAUUCCGGAGCAAUAUCCUUAGUACUAGUGAGCUUACAGACUGGCUACUUGAUGCUCCAAAACUAUCUGGAAUUCCUGAUUUUCAGGGUGAUAAGUGCAGCCCUCCAGACAUAUUUGCUAUAGGAUUUGAGGAAAUGGUUGAACUAAAUGCGGGAAACAUUGUUAGUGCCAGCACAACAAACAGGAAAAUGUGGGCUGAGCAGAUACAGAAGGCUGUCUCCAGAACUCAUCGAUACAUAUUGUUGACUUUCGGGCAACUUGUGGGUGUCUGCCUCUUUAUUUUUGUAAGGCCAUUCCAUAUGCCUUUUAUCAGAGAGCUAGCAGUGGACACUGUGAAGACUGGCAUGGGAGGAAAAACCGGGAACAAAGGAGCAGUGGCAAUACGCUUCCAGCUCUACAGUACAAGUUUUUGCUUCAUAUGUAGCCACUUUUCUGCUGGGCAAACCCAAGUGAAAGAACGGAAUGAGGAUUACAAAGAGAUCAUCCAGAAAAUAAGCUUCCCCUUGGGAAGAAAUGUGUUUUCACAUGAUUAUGUAUUCUGGUGUGGAGAUUUUAAUUACCGGUUAGACCUCACAUAUGAAGAAGUUUUCUAUUUUAUUAAACGUCAGGACUGGAAAAAACUUUUUGAAUUUGAUCAACUUCAGCUUCAAAAGUCUUGUGGAAAAAUAUUCAAAGACUUCUAUGAAGGUACAAUUCACUUUGGCCCAACUUAUAAGUAUGACAUUGGUUCAGAAGCAUAUGAUACAAGUGAAAAGUGCAGAACCCCAGCUUGGACAGACAGAGUAUUAUGGUGGAGAAAGAAAUUACCAUUUGAAAAAUCAGCUGGAGACCUUAAUCUUCUAGACAAUGAUCUGGAUUUCAGUACUAGAAUAAGACACACAUGGACUCCUGGUGCACUCAUGUAUUAUGGUAGAGCAGAGAUUCCGGCAUCUGAUCACAGACCUGUGCUAGCAAUUGUGGAAGUAGAAGUUCAGGAAGUUGACGUAACAGCCAGAGAGAGAGUUUUUCAGGAAAUCUCCUCAUCCCAGGGCCCACUAGACGCCACAGUAGAAGUGCACAUCCUUUUCCCAACAGCUGAGGAGAAAGCAGAAUUCCCGGAAAGCCUGAGUGCAGAGCUUCUGCAAACCUUUCAGAAUUACGGCACUGUUGUCCUUGUACGGUUAAUUGGAGGGCAAAUGAUGGUCACGUUUGCAGACAGCAGGACGGCAUUAAGUGUUCUCCAGCUAGAUAGUUUGACGGUGAAAGGAAAAACAGUAAAAAUAAGACCAAAGACGAAAGAUUGGCUGAAGGGUCUACAGGAAGAAAUUGCACGUAAUAGGGACAGUAUAGCACUCCUGUCCCCAAAUGCCAAUUCCUGUCUUCUGGAGGAGACUUUUGAUUUUUCCAGUCUGGACUAUGAGUCAGAAGGUGAUAUAUUGGACGAUGACUCAGAUUAUGUGGUGCCUCCUCAUCUGAUGACUGACACAGCUGGCGACUGUGUGUCUUAUGGCAAUGAACAGCUGCCUGCAACACAAGCGUCUAGGGCAGCUCCAAAGAAACCACACUCAUUUAAAGAUGACACAGACUUGCUGGUUCUAAAGAAGGAGCUUGAGAGCGUUGGUGAGGUACGCUCACGUUCACCAAGUAGAUCACUAUCUGUUCCCAACCGGCCUCGAUCACGUCCACCACAGAGACCACCACCUCCAAAAAACAACAUUUCGGCACCUGUUCAGCAAGCAGUUACUCUUCUUCCUGGUGCACCACAGCAUCCUCCAAAGGACAAAACUGGGAUAAGUAAACCUUACAAUGUGAAACAGAUUAAAACUACCACUGCACAGGAAGCAGAAGAAGCUAUUAAAUGGUUAAUGGAUUCCAAAAAAGAAAAACAAGAUGAGGAUGUAAAAUCUGGUCUUAAUCACAAUCAAAGUUUUCUAAAAGCAGACUCAAAUUCUGUGCCCCCCAAAGUACCAUAUGCACACUCACAAGAGGCAGAAGCAGUGCUGAUACCACAACGUCCUCCCCCAAAGGUGCCAAAUACUAGACCUGCUCCUCCACCAAGAGCCGGAGUCAAGUUUGAGCCUUCUCUUCAUCCAGAACAGAACACAGAGAUACAACGGCUAAGUGUAGAUCACUUGCCACAAGUUCCUCCUAAACCACUGCAUCAUGGGGGCAUCUCAGAUUGUGUACCACCUCAGAAACUUUCGCCAAGACUUCCUCCAAAAGUGAAACCUGAGUCUUGUGUGUAUUCAGUUAAUCCAGAAAAACUCCCAAAUGUUAAUCUGUUACCUACACCAGGCCUGGAAAAUAAUAUACUUGUACCAUUGGAUUCUACUGAAGAGCAAGUGGACUCUUAUGUAAGGGACAAUCCAUUAAAUAAAACCAAACUGGAUGUAGAAUCUACAGGUUUAGAAAAUAUACUUGACAUCUCCACAGUACUUAAGCCAGUUCCCAUUGUGGCUGUGAACACUGGGACCAUUUCAACUGUUCCUUCAGCUUCCAAACCAGAGCAGCAGUUAGUUGCUACUAGUUCAACAACUUCCUCAUCCGUACCUUUGAUACCUAAAAAAGAGUACAAUGUAGAUAUUACAGCCUCCAGUGAUGUUCCAAGAAUGCGUCCAGUACCCAAACCAAGAACAAUACCACCUUUUCAGAUUGUAAAACAUCAAGAAAUAAUAGAGAGUCAUGAGCUAACUUCUACUGAAACUAACAUUGCGCUUGAGGAGAUGUCGUCAAACAGUUAUUCUUUUCUCCCAGUGGUUCCCCCACGGAGAAAAAAGUCAGCUCCGGCAGCUUUCCACCUCCAGGUGUUACAAAGUAACAAAAGUUUGUUUCAGGUUGAUGUGAAGUCAAAUACUAAUAACAACAACAGUUCAAGUGGUGGGCCUUUAAUGAACAUAGAUUUUGAUUGUUGUAACACUGCAAGCACAAAUGAUGAUGGCGAUCCAUCCUCUCACCUUCCUAAAUCACUAGAGCCACAAAGAAGCUGGUCUUCUGAAGAAAUGGAUUUGUUAGAUUUUGAUGCAAGGAGAAUUCAGCCAGCAAACACUGAUACUUCCACAGAGCAAUUUACUGAUAACUGGUUAAUAUUUCAAGAUGAGGAAAAAAGUGAGAAUAUUAUUUCUAAGGGGAACUGUGAGUCCCCAUGGUGAUCGCAACUAUGUAAAUGAACGUAAAACUAGUUUCACACAAUCGCAUUGUGUUUCUGCAUACUUUAGCCAUCUAGCAUACUUACCCACUCUGUAUGUGUUUGCUUUUCUGCUCUAUAGAGGCUGCCUGUAGUAUUCAUACUUGUGGAGGCAUAUGAAGCAUUAAGUGAUGCUUUCUAUAUACAGGCAAUCAAAGCCUCUGCUGCACUAGCUUACAAUAUAACUCCUCUUAUUGCUCAACUAUGGCAAUAAUCUCUCCACCAGCUCACUAUACAAACAAUACUUCAAAUGUAUACCUCUAUAUUACUUAUGCAGUCAUUUUAAAUGACUUCCUCUUAGAUGCCUUGAGAAAUUGUUGUCUUCAGAAAGUGGCAGUUGGGGUUGCUGGAGCUAGGAAAAUACACAAAAGCACACCCUUAUUUUACUUAGGACUGUUUUAUGUAUGCUGUGCACACUGCUGAUCUUUUCCAUUUAGCAAUUUGAAUCAUACAAGUAUCCUUCAUAGUUUCCAUACCAGAAUAUUCCAUUCUUACAGAGACUUGGUACUGCUAUUUUAUUGUAGUAUGUUAAAGCACAGAAUGUACUGUAUCUUAUGAUCUUUUCUAUAAAUCAAAUUUUGAUUUUCAUAACUCCAUAGUAAAAGAUCAUUUAUGUGAGGACCAACAGAUAACUUAAAACAUACAUGUAUAUGUAGUAUUUUCUCAAUAAAAGACAUAAAUUAG